AAUCUGGAGAAGUGGGAAAGACUCACGGUGGCUGAUGCCCUGGAGCCGGUCCGUUUCGAGAUGGGCGACUGUAUUGUCCAACAGGGGGACCCCGGAGAUGACUUCUUCAUCAUAAUUGAACCUUCCAAGCUGCAUCUCAUAGACUCUGGUGGCAGGUUCAAGCGCCUCGGGUUUCUUAGCGAUGGAUGCGCUUGGCGUGUCAUGGGACUAAACUCUCCACGAUUGGUCUCACUCUCUUUGUCCUCUCUCCCACGUGCAUAG